GGGGGAAGAAAAAGUCACUAAUCAUACUAUCCCACUGUUAGUUCUCAGUCGUUCAGGAGGUUUUCGAAGGUUUCGGGGUGUGGAAUAAGGGAGCUCACGCAAUAUUAUACGUCAUGUUGGCGAUGGUGAUAGGCUCUUCCACCACAGGUCCAAGGCAUUCAUGGCUUGCAGAGUGUUCCCUUUGUUCUCAAAACAAUGAGGCUAACGGGGAAGGAGAAAAAAGACAUUGAAGACGCUGUUGCUAGGAAGCGUGGGAAGAAACAUCGUGUGAAUGAAAGCAUUUGACACCACCUUGAAGGCGGUGUGAGCUUUUUGCCACUAUCAAGACAAAUUAUCUCGGGCAAAGCACAAAUUCAACCUCAAAAGCUUGAGCCAUCUCCACAUCAGGCUCCAUCCGAGAUUAUGGCUGCUCCAUUCUACUCCAGAUAUAUUCCUCCCAGGAAUGAUCUUCUACCAAAGCCUCCGGAAGACUUAUUAUCUCCAGCUGGAUCUGAAAAACGGAAGCGAAAAUCUGCACCAGUCGACGAUGCUUCAGUCCCGGCAUUCACUCCGGCCAAGAAGACGAGGAAGCGUGAAAGGAACGAGAAGCCAGAGGUUUCUGUCGCGCUCUCACACUCUCAGAAGGGCACGUUUAAACGGGGCGACUCAGAUUCGAACUCCUAUUCGAAAGCAGAAAGUGAUAUUUCUCCACUCGCACCGCUGGAGCGGGUUCCGGUACAAAUCAAAGACAAUCCGCCAGAGGGACGGGAACAAAAGAAAGGCUCGAGAAAGGACAGCCAUGAAAUAUCAGGGUCUCACAGCACAGUUGAGGGGUCUACGGAUUCGGUGAGCGUACCGAGACAAAGGGGUGAUAUAAUUCAGGGUACGGACCCGUCAGACAGGAAGGGGUUUAAAAAAAGGAAAUUAUAUCGGGAAGGUGAUGCAUCGACUAUAACUGUACCGGUAAAGCAUGCCGGGAUUUUAUCAAAGUUCGAGAAGUCGAGGUUGACGGCUGCAUCGGUAGCUACUAAGAGAGACACCUCAAACAUCGUCGAGUCGCUGGGCAGUGAGGGUAUCACCCCUCAUGGCCUUGAACCACUCCCGCAGCCUGCGCCUGCACCAGCCCAUAUCGAAUCCCCGCCAUACUCUACGCUUCCUUCGUGGCUUUCUCAACCUUUCGCUGCCACCACCUUGUUGCAACGGAACUUCGCAAACCUGGGACUAAACAAAAAUCUUAUUUCUAUUCUUCAGAAACGCGGAUAUACCACAGCUUUCCCUAUCCAGGCAGCCGUUUUGGAACUACUUGGUAAUGGAGAACAUCAGCAUUCAGGGGAUCUUUGCAUAUCGGCUGCCACAGGUUCUGGGAAAACUCUGGCAUAUGCUCUCCCACUAGUAGCAGGUAUCGAACAAUUACCCCUAGCUAGAUUGCGAGGACUUGUUGUUGUGCCUACACGGGAGCUUGUUAAGCAGGCUCGUGAUGCUUGUGAACUAUGUGCUACCAGAACAGGCCUGAGGAUAGGAACAGCUGUUGGUACGGCAUCAUUAAAGGAAGAACAAGCGCUGCUUAUUAAACACGAUCAACUCUACUCUCCCUCUAAUAGACGAAUAGGAAACGGCCACCAGAUGAUCGCUGAGUCAUGGGCUUCCUUCAACUUCCAAGAGUAUAUCACCGAAGUUGAGAGGUCUCAUUCAGCGUUUCCCGACCAUGUUGCAACCCCCUCCCCCAACAUUGACAUACUAAUAUGCACCCCAGGCCGACUUGUUGACCACAUCCGGUCUACUAAGGGAUUUAGCUUGGAACAUUUGGAGUGGUUAGUGAUUGAUGAAGCCGACCGUCUACUCAACGAAAGUUUUCAAGAAUGGGUUGAAGUUGUGAUCCCGGCCCUAGAGAGAGUCAGAGUGGAUGUCGCUGGCAAAAGUGGGCGGAUUCUACCCGACUUAGGAUGGCAGAUCUGUAAACCUCGACUUCGGAAGAUCAUCCUUAGCGCCACCAUGACAAGGGAUAUCGCGAAACUGAAUUCUUUGCGAUUGCAAAAUCCAAAACUUGUUGUCUCUACCACUCCUGGAAUCACGCCGCUCCCAUCAGAAGGGAAUGGAGAUAUUACCCAUAAGGACGACCAUGCAUUCAGUCUACCUUCAACUCUGCGAGAAGUGUUUGUUCCAGUUGGCGAUGCCGCAGAUAAGCCUCUCUAUCUCCUUACUCUAUUACUCUCACAUUUUAAAUCGGAUGAUGGCCACGUUACGAACCUUCGGCGACAGCGUUCUCAUUCGAUUACAUCCGAUUCAAGUUCCACCGAUUCAUCUUCAAGCCUAUCGGGCAAUAGCUCCUCUGGCGAGUCCUCAGCUGUCUCAUAUAGCUCCUCUGGUACUGGUUUUUCAGACGAAUCUUUAGUCCACGGCGACAACUAUAAACCAAUCGUGGCAUCCCCGCCUUCUGUUUUGGUCUUUACCAAAUCUUCCGAAUCGGCAUCAAGACUCGCUCGUCUACUUGUACUCAUGCACCCACCGUUUGCCAACCGUAUCGGUACUUUGGCAAAGUCAAGCAAGUCUAGUACGUCUCGUAAAACUAUCUCUGCAUAUCGCAACGGGAAACUAUCGAUUGUCAUCGCUACUGAUCGUGCGUCUCGCGGCUUGGACCUGCCUUCUCUUACUCAUGUCGUCAGUUAUGACAUUCCGACCAGCCUGACGUCGUAUAUUCAUCGCGUCGGCCGAACAGCUCGUGCUGGUCGAUCAGGGUCGGCGUGGACACUGGUAGCUCACAGGGAAGGUAGGUGGUUUGCCAAUGAGAUCGUGAAGUGCCCGGAAUCAACUGUCGCAAGAACGGGGAAUGUUGAAAAAAUCACCAUCAAACUUGAUGAAGGUGUUGAUUUGAAAACGAAGUAUUCGGAUGCUUUGCGGUUAUUGCAGGCAGAGGUAGAGGAGGAUCUUACUAAGUACAAACCGGGGAAACCUAGGGGCUGAUAAUCCUUGGGUCGCCUGUAUAUUCCUACGAAUUUCGUUGUAGAGGUGUUUAUUAUUAAACUUAUUCGUGUUCAUAGAUCAUGUUCGCAGUUCUUGCUAAGACUCUCACUAUUAUUCUUGUAUUCGUUGCCUUUCUUACUCUACUACUUAUCCUCCACGAUAUUAAUCCAGCGAACCUAGUACUUUGAAGACGUAUGUCACUUUUCUAUCUUUUUCAUGAAGCAAGUGGCCGUUCCAAAAGCUCAGAGCAAUCUUAGUGAUGUAAUGUACUCCGUUUUACACCUUGGGUGAGCUAAUGUGUACAUACAUACAUACAUAUCCGUGCCACUCCCUACGUCCAAGUUGAACAUUGUCUGAAAAUCAAUCCAGACCAUGGCUUGAACCAAGGCCCUACCUACGUCAGCUCCAUCCAAAAUACACAUACACUUAUGGACUGAUUUCUUCACACAACAUAAACUGACUAUAAUUUGAAAGGUAGAAAUUUUUUUCGAUCAUUCUAGAGAGUAACUACUCUGUACGCCUUAAUCUUCAAUGUAACUGUGUGGGAAUGAAUAUUGAGACAUUGAGAAGCUACCUGUGCGUAUGGGAUUGACAUGGCUAGAAAUUUUGAUUUUUCUUUUCUAACCUUCUAACCAUGUUCAACUAGAAGGAUCAGCAUUCAUUCACAAUAGAUUAACAUCAAACCUUAAGCAAGGUUGAGAAAUGGAGUGAUUCUAAAUAAUUUUAAGCAUCAUGCUGAAUUAUAUGUACCGCAGCCUUUAGUGACAUUUGAGUCAAAUAUAUAUUUUAUACUAGUGUUACAAUGA